UCAAGUAUCACUUUGUUGGUGUUACAGUGAUUGUCAAUGCAGAGUGUCCUUUGGGACAUAAAUUUAGAUUCACAUCAUCACAUGUGGUUAAUGACAUUUUUGCUAAUAAUCUGCAAACAGCUGCCUCUAUCCUGUUGUCUGGAAGUAAUUAUGCCAAAGUUGAAAGGAUGGCAAGAUUCCUUAAUCUGGAGUUUCUUUCUAGCUCAACAUACUACCGGUUCCAACGAUUGUAUCUGAUUCCAGAGAUAAAUGAAUGGUGGUCUUGGAUGAGAGGAGAAAUAAUAGGCGAGUUUUCUGGAAAAGAUGUAGUUGUUGGCGGUGACGGGCAAUGUGACUCACCAGGCUUCAAUGCCAAGAAUAUGUGCUAUUUCAUGAUGGAAGUAGAGUCAAAUUAUAUUCUUGAUGUUGAAGUCUUGGAUAAGAGACAUGUUGGCUUAAAAUCCACCAACAUGGAAAAAAUGGCAGUCAAGAGAAGCCUUGAUCGUCUAAGGGAUGAAUUGAAAAUCGUCGAACUGGUGACAGAUGCUUCCACAUCUGUUAAAGCAUUACUUGAAGCUGAAUAUCAGGAUAUGAUACAUAGCUUGGAUGUGUGGCACAAGUCCAAAAGCAUUAAAAAAUGCCUUGCCAAGUUAGGAAAUUCAAAAGCAAUGGCCAAAAUUAAAGACUGGUCACCCCACAUAAUCAGACAUUUUUGGCACUGUUCAAGUAGAUGUAGGGAGGAUGAAGCAACCACUGACGAAGAGGCUUUAAAAGUUAUGAAGGACAAAUGGAUCGGAUUGUUGCAUCACAUCUGCAAUGAUCAUCAAUGGCUAGGUGGCCAAUGUGACCAUGAGGAGGGUCAGCAUGAUGAAACUCUCCCUUGGUUUGAUCGACGAGACAAAGAUUUUGCUGAACUGCAAAAAGUAAUUUUGAACCCAGAAUUACUUGCUUCUUUCAAGUAUUAUACCCGAUUCAGGCAUACUGGUGGUAUUGAGUGUGCUAAUAGCCUUGGUUUAGUCUACACCCCAAAACGAACGCCCUUCAGCUAUAGAGCAUACAAGGCAAGAAGGCAGCUCACUGCAAUUGACUGGAAUUUCCAUAUAAAUCUUGCACAAGCAACAACAAAAGCUGGUGAAAAUGUGGUUACUAGGAAAUAUAACCAGGACAAGGCAGUGGGAUAACAAAGUUGUGAAAGUGACAAAGAGCUAUGA